AACAUAACAAUGCAUAUUGUGGUUAAGGAUUUUCCCUGGGAAUAGCCCCUUUAUACAGAUCGUGGGAUAAAGCCAUGCACUGUGACCAUGGCCCUUAUCAUUAUGACUUAGGGAAAUUCCCUGGGAAUGACCCUCUGCAUGCAGCUGUCAAUCAGCUUGAUACAGUAUCUUACUGAUAGAGGAAUGAAUUAGCCACCACAAUGGACCUAUUUUCCGCAUCAGUCGGUCAAUAUAAUACGAUCAUGAGUGCAGGAUCGAUCUUAUAGCUAGCUAGAUGUACUGUAGAUUCCUGUUAAUAUGCAUGCCUUGGAACAGUGUAGUUUGGUCGGAAUAGGCUGAAUUUCAGAAAGUAUUUGCUGCUAAAAAGCAUCUUUACUCUGACUAAUUAUUUUGCGGCUCUGUCUCGAAGAUAAUGAAUCAUUAUGGUGUUUCUCUGACUGUCGAGGGAGGAGUGAUCUGGUUGGUGAACACUGUCCUGGAACUGUCAGACUGUUUUGUGAGGGAGUGGACCUCACUAGUUUGCGUUGGAGUUACAAUGUCACUAAGGAAGAAAUUCAUUCAUUCUAUCCUGACAGUAUGAUUUCUACUCAAACUGUACCAAAUCCAGCCUUUAUUUCUGUUGAGUUGAGCUCAGUUAUGCAGAGUGAUCAAUGGAAUUUUGGAAACUUUUCUUCAACUCUUACCCUCGACAUCUCAGAGCUUGAGGAGCAGCACAUUAAUGAAAUCAGAUGCGGCGAUCCGGUAACGCACCAGACAAUCACAAUUGAUGUUCAGGUUGUGGCAUGCCCUGCUUCUAGACAACAAAUACGCUAUGAGGCCACCCUAACUGGGAAUGAUUAUCAUCACAUCUCAACUACUAAUAGUGGUACCUGUACAAUGGUGUGCAGCGUCACAUUCACUGUCCCGCUUUCCAGAGAUGGUAAUUACGUGUUGGAGCUCCAAGCUAUCAACGACGUGGGGAGAAGUGAUCCUGUCCUACAUAAUAUUGUUAUAGUGACAGACAGCAGUUCCAAUGGUGUAUCUAUCGGAGUGACCGUAGCAACUACUGUUGUUGUAUUCAUAUUCUCUUUGGUACUCGGUUUCGUCACGGGAGUUGGUACAUACUAUAUUGUGCUGAAAAAAUUACUCAUCAUAAAAUUGAAAAGAGAAACUGAGUCUGGAGUGCAACCGAGAGAGGAUGCACCGGAGAUACGAAUACAAGAAUCAAGGGAAAUUUAUCGGGAGGUUAUCUAUUCGAAUCCAGAAACAGCACAGCAAAAUGAAGACCUGACUCACUCUUAUUGUGAAGCCGAUGAUCCAAUAAUAGGCAGUAGUAUUUAUACAAAGUCGAGUGUAAGUUCAAAGGAACCAAUUCCUAACGAGUCUUAUGGAAAGCCAAAGAAAGAACGUUCCCGACCAGAUGAAGAAAUGAGAUUAAAAGCUAACCUAUCUUACGAUAAAGUGGGAAUUUUGAAAAGAAGUGGAGCUAGAAGAGGCAAGAUGAACAUGGAAGCGAAUCAGUCGUAUGGUUUGGCAAGAGUAUCCACUGACCCAGAGGAUAAAGUGGAGUACGAUUACGUUGACAAUGAACUGCUUCAAUCUUGCAAAUAGAGUCUCCCAUUUAGAUCUAGCACAUGCAAGCAUGUCAGUUUAGUGCAGUAUCACAACGUUGUACCUUAUCGGAUAUUUUGUAACAGUAUGUGUAUAUCACACUUCCAAUUAUACAACCCUUCAUGCACUCAUGCAUACAAUCAAUGUAACGUAAUUGAUUAUCAUAAUUACUGCGUACUUUUAAA